CUUCACCUAUGUGUGCGCCCCGGACCAGGUUAAGUAGCUCGGUUACAUAUCAGCUGCGUCCUCUUACCUAAACAGGGGUCAAGUGUGGAGCUGAGAAGAAGAAGAACAAAAAAAGAAACACGUUCAUUCCUGACAGGACAUAUUUAGAGUGAGUUUGUGUUUGGAAACCUGCAGCUGAUUGUUGCUCGACGCAGCUGCUUUACGCACUGAGGAUCCGUCCGACGGACAAGAAUGAGCUCCCUGUCUGCUUAGCGACCUGUUAAAGAUGGUUCAAGGAAGGUCCUGUGUGAUUACUCCUCUGUCUGUGCUGAUGGUUGCACCCAGUAAGCAGUCAGGAAUGUCCUCCACCGUCUCCUGCCUAUGACAUGGUUUAACCCACGAGUGAUCCGGUCACCAUGAUGGCCUCUAUGGUUGCCAAUGGAAACCGAGACGAGCAGUCUCUGGUGUUGAAAGGGGUGGACCCAGAGACCUGCAUGAUUGUUUUCAAGAACCACUGGGCUCAGGUGGUGAAGGUCCUAGAAAAGCAUGAUCCCCUGCGCACCAGUUCCACCCUACCGUCCCUGGGUGUCAUCAACCUCAGCGCCGGCUCUGGCAGCAGCUCUCGUUUCGGCUCCAUCUCCGUAGACGAGGUGAAUGCGGUGCAGAACUAUGUGGAGCACAUGCUCUUCCUGCUGAUGGAGGAGGAGAGCGGGCAGGCAGGAGCCAUGGGCCCCAUCCUGGAGUUUGUGGUGAUGGAGAACGUGAUGGAGCGCCUGUUUGUGUGGAGCCUCCGCCGGGAGUUCACGGACGACAUGAAGCUGGAGCAGCUGAAGAUGUAUGAGAUGCUGGUGGGCCAGGCGCAGCAGCCUCUGCUGCAUCACAAGCCCAUCCUGCGGCCGCUCAUGAUGCUGCUGUCCUCCUGUUCGGGGACUGCGGCUCCUGCGGUGGAAGCUGAGCUGGUGCUGCUGCUCAACCAGCUGUGCUGCGUUCUGGCAAAGGACCCGUCGAUUCUGGAGCUGUUCUUCCACACCAGCGAGGAUCAGGGAGCCACCAACUUCCUCAUCUUCUCCCUGCUCAUCCCCUUCAUUCACAGGGAGGGCACAGUGGGCCAGCAGGCCAGAGAUGCCUUGCUGCUUAUUAUGUCGUUGUCUGCUGAGAACGAACGAGUGGCCAAACACAUCGCAGUGAACACCUACUUCUGUCCGGUGCUGGCCACAGGGUUGAGCGGCUUGUAUUCAUCUCUGCCCACUAAGCUGGAGGUUCACAGUGAAGAGUGGCACUGCCUGCACAGAGAGGACUGGCUCCGGAUGCCUUCGCUCGUCCAGUUUCUCAACUCGCUGGAAUUCUGCAACGCUGUUAUUCAGGUGGCGCACCCGGAUAUCAGAGACCAGCUGGUCAGUUACAUCUACAACGGUUUCCUUGUGCCUGUCCUCGCACCAGCACUCCACAAGCUCACCCUCGAGGAGGUGAUGACAACCACAGCGUACCUCGACCUCUUCCUGAGGAGUGUCUCCGAGCCAGCCCUGCUGCAGACCUUCCUCUCCUUCAUCCUCCUCCACCGACACGAGAGCGUCCACAUCUUAGACACUCUGGUCAGCCGCAUCAACACGCCUUUCCAGUUGGGCACCGUGUCACUGGCACUUUUCCGCACUCUCAUUGGCUUAUACUGUGAAGAUGUGAUGCUGCAGCUCGUACUGAGGUACCUGAUCCCCUGCAACCACAUGAUGCUGAGUCAGAGACGCGUAGUGAGGGAGAGGGACUGCUACUCGGUAUCGGCGGCCAAGAUCCUGGCGUUAACGCCGUCCUGCUGCUCUCCUGACCGCAGCCCCCCGCCCCUCCGACAGCUGGAAUCCAUCCUCUUUUCCAAAGGUGGAGAGACUCCCGGCAGUGGCGACAACACAGAGGAAAAAAAGAGCUUCUCAGAAGAGGAUGAUGGCUCAGGGAACUCCUGCACCAUCGGUUCAGAAAUCUACCUUGAUGUCAGCUAUCUUCAUUACCUCUACGACGCCCGUCUCAGCAUCAGCAGCUGCAUUCGGGCCUGCCAGGUUUGGUCAGCCCCAUACGACGGCGAGGAGCCGCCUCCUGAGAAAUACCAGCCGGGCGUCCUGGAGGAGCCGCUGCUGAAGAGUCGCCAAACCCAGGUGGCUCCCAAGAGAGUCCUGAAGCCCCUGGUGCCGCACCCUCGACCCUCCCUGCCCCCGAGUACAGAGCCGCCCUCCGUCCCCCAGCUGGAGCUGGAGUGGGACGAUAGUUACGAUGCGUGCCCGGUGCAGACCGCCGAGGCUCCCAUGGAGACUAAACCUGCACAGCCGCCUCCUGCUGAGCCCCCAAAGCACAUCCAGGAGAUGAGGAGAACAGCCAUCAUGUUGGUUAAAGGCUCAUACAUUGAGGAAAAUGAGUUCCAGGAUGACGUCAUGGUGUACGAUCUCGUUGCAAAGAAAGACACCAGUGGCGCCGACCAGGCAAAACGCAAACCCAGUGGUUCACAAUCAGAGGAGACCCAGCCAGGCUCAGCAGAAGUCUCCCCGAAAAACGGGCUCAGUCCAACGCUUCCAACCUCUGUGAUGGCUGACAACGCCAAGAACAGCGUGGACACAAAGGCCAAGGGGCAGAAGGAUUGUAACGCCAACCUCCAAAACACGGCUGCUGCUGGGUCGGGUGAAGAUCUUUUGGCUCAGUAUGAGGAGCUCAUUCGUACGUUGGACACUGAGGCGGGUGGAAAACAGGUCAAAGCUGAUGGAGAGGUAAAGAAACCUGUCACACCAGUGGAGGAGGAGGAUGAAGAGGAGAUGGAUUUCACCUCCUUCUCUGCAGAAACACCAGAGCCAGAGAAAGUGCACUCACCAUUUGGGACAAUAAAUAGGUUUCGCAGUGGAAGUACAAGCAGAAACCAGUCGAUGCCUUUUACGGGGCCUUUUGUCAGUGUGCUGUUGUCCCGUCUGGAGAAUAUGCUCUCCAACUCCCUUCAUGUCAACCUGUUGCUGACGGGCAUCCUGGCCCAGUUGGCUGCUUAUCCUCAGCCGCUGCUGCGCUCAUUCCUCCUGAACACCAACCUGGUUUUCCAGCCGACUGUUCGCUCCCUUUACCAGGUACUAGCCACUGUGAAGAACCAGAUAGAAGACCAGGCUGCCAGCAGAAAGGAGUUUCCAGAGCUGAUCACUGCCGCCCAACACUGGCUACUGGCGAGGGAUGCAACGUUUAUGGCAACAGCGAAAAACAGCGGCAGAGGCUCCAACCACCACGACGGGGGAAGGAUCCUUCAGAGUUCACCGCCGCCGAAACCCAAAGCCAUCUCUCUGGAUCGGACAGAGGUCUUCGCUACCGUCCUCUUCACGGAGUUCCUCAAAGAACUGGCUGCGAUUGCACAGGAGCACUCCAUCUUAUCUUACAUUCCAAUGGAAGAGUAGUUGAGUCCCAAUAGGCCUCUGUGACGAGACCGAAUCGAACUCCGAAAGAUUAUAAAACACUCUCUUUUGAUAUACAUUUGUCCUUUUCAGGCACUACUUGAUGAAGCAACUUCUUGGACCUAUUUUAAAAAUAUGGAUUAUUUAUUUUCCAAGCAAAAUCAUCUUUUUUUUUUAAAAAGAUCAUUUCUUCAUUUUACUCCUGUAGAAGGUUUGGCAGCCAAGGAGGAGGUCCAGACCUUGAGCUGGAAAAUCUUGACCUGGUUGCUGAAGCCUACACCAGCAAUUAUCUUCAUCAAGGCGUGCUCCAGGUCCACCAACCAAAGACUGUAGAGAAGUGAUUCAAAGAAAGAAAAAAAAACCUGACAUUUUUAUCAAUCAUCAGCCCUUAUCUGAACUUUCAGGGUUCUGCCCUUGUUCUGAAUGUCUUCUACAACCAGCUCCAACCACAACAAGAUGACUUUUUCCUCUGUGUGGUUUUCUAAAAUACUCAGGUGGCCUUUUCAAGAGUGUUGCCUCGCUGCCAUGCGAUUACACUGAAUACUGAUUUAUUUUCGCCCUGUAGCUGACUGGCAGCACCGCUGGCAGCAUCCCAGAAACACAUCCAAACUUUCACUUUAUUCUUAUGCAACUGUUACACGAUUACAUUUUUUUUUUCUUUUUGGCAAAACAGAUUAGUCACUGUUAUCUUCACACUUCACAAAGUGGUGUUUCCACAAAACCCUUGUGUGUUAGAUAUAGAUUGUUUUGGUGUUUUUUUUUUUUCUGUUGAUUCACGAUGGUACCUCAGGUUCUGUUUUCUUAAUUCUUAAAUCACCGUUUAGGUGAAGUAAUUUUCCUACAGUGUACUGGUUUUUCACAUGAUGGGCUCUAUGUCUUUUCCAUAUCUGCACAGAUUGACAAACCAGAGCACCAAAACCAGGUUUCUCAGUGCUAUACUUAAUUUGCCUUACUUUAGCGAUGCUUUAUAAUGUAUAUAUUGAAAGAAGAAAAUGUUCUGGGGACAUAGAACACUAUGCAAAUCAAUGAUCCUUCGGGUAUAAUUGAGUUUAGGAUAUUUUCAUAAUGGGAAGGGGUAUUUAAGCUUUUUUGAGACUGACUUUCUAUUGCCAUUUUCUUUAAAAAAAAAAAAAAAGUUAUCUUGGAUGCUUUUUGGUGAUAGUUUAGGGCUUUCUUCUAUUUAGAGAUUGUGUUGUUUUAGUUGUGAUCCGUCUGAAAUCUCACUGUUGGGAAAGUUUUGCAUCUGCUGAUUCAGACUAGCAGUUACCAGGGGCAACCUGUUCUGUUGUAAAUCGCCUUUAUCUUAGUCCGGGUGUUGCACAUGGUUGUUAGUGCGAAUGUCCAAAUGCAACGAUACGAGAGAGAUAUUUUGUUACAAAUCUACGAAAUGAAUUUACCGGAAACACAUAAAUACUUGUAAAUUGGUGCCUAAGUUCCAAUUUUAGUUCACAUUAUUGCCUCAUUUCUGAAGGAAUUAAACAGGAAUAAUACAAAAUCUUACAGCCUAAGCAGAAAAAGCAAUGUGUUUUUUGUUGUCAUUUUUUCCCCCUUGAAGCCGUCCAUUGUCAAAGUGCAAAGAGAAGUCUUAGUUGUCAUUAAAUUCAGUUUCCAGGAGCACAGAAUCAAUCGCUUCCUGCUCACGACCCGAUAAAAAGAAGCAGUUCAUUCAUAAUUUAAUGUGGAAAUCGAUUUGGAAUUGAACAUUUCCUGAGAUAAUCUGAUACAGAACUCUAAUCAAUGCUGAAUUUUAAAGAGAAAUAAUGACAUGAGAUUUUUUUCAGCUAUGAAAAGAUUCAGACUCUGAGAUAAUGUACUACUUUAAGUAGAUGUGAACAUGGUUUUCUAUUGGCAGAAAAAUGGUGAAGAAAGGCAACUGAAAACAACUCCAUCUUGUAAACUUGUGGACUACACUGAAAGCAGCAUUCUCAUCUCAUGCAUUUUGAACACAAGAUUAACUUUAGGUUUAAAUAUCAGCUGUGUGUUUCUGUUCCAGUUGAAAUACAGUUGAUUCCCACUUGAUGCGAUACAGACGGUGAAUGAUGCAUCUUUGUGUGCUAACUGACUUGAACCAAUAUCAGUAAUCCUCAGACUAGUUGGAAUUUCUCUCUGGUUAGAGAACAUUUCAGAGCACUUUAUCAGCCUUUUCAUACCACAGUGCCACUCAGUCUGUGUUAACACAUUUACGGUUUUAACAGCACUGUGGCAUGAACACAGUUAAAACAACCAAGACUGUAAACCAGUCUCUGCUUUAGUAGGUUUCUAUUCCAAAGACUCAUCCUUUCUGACAAAGUCACGUCUGUUUUCUGUUUGAGAUUUGAAUGGGUUGCUGUUUGUCGUUCAUGUCUGAGAUACAAAGGAAUGCCUCUUUUAAUAAAGAAAUAUUCUGGUAAAUGAAA